AUGAGAACGCUAUGUGAUGUUUGCGAGAGUGCAGCAGCCAUUCUUUUCUGUGCAGCCGACGAGGCAGCUCUUUGCAGUUCUUGUGAUGAUAAGGUCCAUAUGUGCAACAAGCUUGCAAGUAGGCAUGUGCGAGUUGGGCUUGCUGAGCCCAGUGCAGUUCCACGUUGCGACAUAUGUGAAAAUGCACCUGCUUUCUUUUAUUGUGAGAAAGAUGGAAGUUCUCUUUGUCUCCAAUGUGAUAUGAUGGUCCAUGUUGGUGGUAAAAGAACCCAUGGAAGAUAUCUCCUAUUAAGACAGAGAGUUGAGUUUCCUGGGGAUAAAUCUUCACGUUUAGACGAACCAGGAUCACAGCAAGGUGAUCUGGGUGAAGCUAAGAGGGAAUCUAUUGAGCCCUCUAAUUUUAAAGGGAAGGAAAACGAACAAAAUCACAGGGCAUCUUCGAUUCCAAAGCUGGCUAAUAACAGUGCCCAACGGAUGAUUGAUCUCAAUGCCAGACCUCAACGGAUGCAUGGACUAGCUCCAAAUAACCAGGAACAAGUGGAUACUUUGAUUGGCAAUCAUCAUGAAGAUGCAAGUUUGGUUCCAGAUGGAUACUUCAAAAGCGAGACUGAGAAGUGA